UACUCAUGUUUUAAUAAUUCAUCCUCUACGCAACUAGCAUUUUCUAACUACUCGCCACAACAAUAAAUAUGCUCCCUAUAUAAUCAUGAAUCCCGUCACAUUGCAUAAAACAAAUCACACUUUGCGCAUAACCACAUAUCGAUGCAUUCCCCACAACAAAAUCCGCAUUUUGUAACUUAGUUUUCGCAUUAAACAACGCAUAUCAUAUUUUCCUAUCAAAAUAUAAAAACAGCCAAGUUCCUUUCUUCUUCGUUUUCUUCUCUACGCAAAAUUCAAUCCAUACCAACACAAUUUUUAAACAUGCACCACAUCGACCAAAACAUAAUUAGACAACUACAAAUCGCACGCAUCGAACCUCUUGUUCUCCAAUUGCAAACGCGAUCCUACCAAUGCGCAUAAUCGAAACAUUUUACACACAUGCAUUCAAAAUAAUUAAUCGAGUCGAUCGAGAGCGAUAUGCAUCGGCUCACCAUAAACAAAACCAAACGGUGUUUGUGAGGACGAUGGCGAUUCGGCUUUGUGCAUCGCUCCGCACAUCGACGAGCGUCGAGCGGCUUGCCUUCUCCACGCAAAACACGGGGUUAUCUCCUCCACAAAAAUAAAACAAAGCAGCACACAUACAUAAUUAAUCAUAGGAAAAUAAUGUUGAUGCUGAAUCGAACAAGGAGCGUCGCGGUCUCACCGGGGUGAACGACGAUGAUGUUGGGGCUGCGCAAAAAAAACAGCAAACACUCGACGAGCGUCGAUGGCGUGCUGUUCACUGCGCAAAAACAGCAAACACCCGACGAGCGUCGAUGGCGUGCUGUUCACUGCGCAGCAAAAAGCAGCGAGCCACGCGGAGACGUUGGGGCUGCUGCGCAUUUUGUCGAGCGCCUAGCAAGCAUCAACGGCGCAGGCGCAGCAGCACACACACACAGGAAGGAAACCGAGUCACAAGGCAUGGAGGGAAUGCUCCGCGGCAUCUGCUGCAGCGCGCCAUGGGAGAGGGCUGCGCCUGCGAGGAGAGGCUGGGCGAGCUGCUGCUGUGUCCCGCCAUGAGGGGGAGAUGGAGCUCAGCUCCCUGUUUGCUGCACGCCGUGGACAGCAGGGGGAGGAAGAAGACCCGGCUGCUGUUGCGCGAGGGAGAACGAGUAAGGGAAAAGAAGGGGCGUCGGCAUGGGAGAUUUUUCUGGGCGUCCAUGGGAGGUGGAGCUCCUGCUGCUUCCAUGGAAAAAGGUAGGGCGCAGGGGAAAGUGGAGCCGGCUGGAAGAAAUGGCGCCGUGGAGGGAGCUGCUGUUUGGAGGAAUGGAGCUCGGCGGCCAUGGAGUUUCUGCCCCUGCGCACGCACAGGAAACAGAGAGAAGAGGUUGCUGCUCGGCCACACCAUUGAGCCGAGGAGGAAGGGCGCCAUGGGGGCUGGCCUUGCUCCCUGCUGGCUGCUUGCUGCCGUGGGAGCCAGGGAGGAAGAAGGGCGCCUGCUGCAGGGAUGCCGAGCGCCGGAGCAGAGGGCCGGCCAUGGGAGAGAGACCAGCGCCCUGGGAGGAAGGGAGGAAGCUCCCUGCGCUGGGGAAGAAAGGCGCCAUGGCUGCUGCCGCCCUGCGCAAGGAGGAAGAAGGGCAGUGGCGGCUGGGAAAAAUUGAGGGGUGGGAGUG